GCCUAUCAGAUUCUAUCAGAUUGCUAAAUCUCUUUGAUUACACUAGAAUAUUUAUAUAUUAGUUUGGUGAAACGAGGCGUAUUUUGAAUUUCAAAAAGCCUCAGAAACGCAAAAACAUAUACGCUGUAAGUGCGCUCACUUCCACUGCUCGCUGCCAUCUUCCAUUCCUGGCUUCUUCAGUUCACCUCCUAUACGCUCACAUUCCCUGGUUUCGUUUUAGUCAGUCUUCAAAUUGUGAAACCCAAGAAAUAAGGAGAAAGAGAAAUGGUGGUAUCCAAGUCCAGGUAUGAGGAAAUCCGCCAAAAGAGGCUGGAAGAAAACAAGAAGAGAAUGGAAGAGCUUAACUUGAAGAAGCUCGUUGUUGAUCUCCGUACGACCAGCCCUAAGACUUCUCCAAUGAAACCAAGGCUUCCUCGACCAUCAACAGAGUUGGUACCAGUGAGGAGGUCCUCUCGUUUUGCAGGCAAGAGCCCUGUUAGCUAUAAGGAGCUAGCACCUGAACCUUUGGAGAGACCCAGAAGGACCUACUGCUACCGACAACAAGAUCUGUUGAAUCGAAUCUAUGCUUCUGAUGAAGUCAGGGGACAUGCAGUUGAUAGAGCAGGAAAAAUUCAGUCAGGUUUAGAAGCUGAUUUCCCUAGUUUUGUGAAACCCAUGACUCAGUCACAUGUAACUGGAGGAUUUUGGCUGGGUCUGCCAGUUCAAUUCUGCAAAGAUCACCUUCCUUCUCAUGACGAAUAUAUUACUUUGGUGGAUGAGAAUGGAGAUGCAUCUGAAACAAAAUACCUUGUUGAGAAAACUGGUCUUAGUGCUGGGUGGAGAGGGUUUGCUAUAGAGCAUAAACUGGUUGAUGGAGAUGCACUAGUGUUCCAGUUAGUUAGCCCAAGGGAAUUUAAGGUGUACAUUAUAAGAGCAUAUGAAUUAGAAGACAAUGAAGACAAGGAAAUGAAAAAGAAAACAAUGAAGAUGAUGGCAAGGAUGUAGAAGUUACGCCUUUGAAUAGAAGUGCCAAACGGACUAGAGCAAGGUUACAGGAAUAGAAGAGUUCCUUGAAGACAGAGCAUCAAGGGCAAUUUUAGCCCUUUCUUUACGUAUGAUGUAUGGGUGGGUAGACAUGUAAUUUAUGAAUGGAUAGUAUUAUGCUAGUAAUUAAAGGAAAUUUGAAAAAUGUAAUAUUGUUUAAGCAUACUGAUAUUUGUGUUAUGCUAAUUCUUGUGAGGGUACACAUGUCGAGCUAUUACACUUUGGAUCUUAUGUAUUUUAAGGUUCAAAUUAUGAACCAUUAUUAUGUUAUAAA